AUGCCUCUCCCCAUCUUCCCCGCCGGCCGGGAACUCGCUCCGGGUGGAGAAAGAGAAGCGCCCGGCGAGGGUCCCGACGGCCCGGUGCUCGCCGCUCCUGCGCGACCACAGAACUCUCGGGGGGCCGCGCGGGAGUCCGCCCACCGCCGCGCCGAGACCCAAGAGCCGGGCGCCGCCGCCUCCCGCGACGCUCCUCAGCGCGGUCUCACCUGCCGGCCGGGGUCGGCGCCUCCCCGGGGCCCCCGCCCCGCCGUCCCCGCGGGCUCCGGCCGGCCGGCCGGCAGUCCCGCGGUCCCGCUCGGCGCCCCGCAGCCGCCCUCUACCCCGGAUCCAGAAGUCCCCUCCCCGCCGGCUCCCGGACUCCCCGCCUUAAAGGCACAAGCUCCUUUUGUCUGGGCACCCCCUCCCCCCCACCACCACCCCGGACGCCCGGCCGAGCGGCCCGACUCCCUUCGGAGGAACGGGAACUUGGGCUUGUCCUAUUUGACGUGCCCGCCGAAGCGGGCGGGAGCGGGUACUGACCGGAGGACUGGUCCCACGACUCCGUACUCCCUGCUACCCAGGCCGGCCAGGACGCCGCCGGGCUCAGCAGGAGCGCCCCCGGAGAGCAGGAUGGAGCCAGGGCAGCGCCUCCUGCUGGCAGGGCCGGAGUCCUGCCGGCCGACAGGCGGACCCCCGGACGGACGGGUGCCACCACCUGGAGGGCGUGUGCGACCGCGACCGCGGGGCGAGCGAGCCCAGGGGGCGCUGCAGCCGGCCGGGAGGAGCCGCCUCGCCUCGCUCUCCGCCUGUGCGAGCUGA